AUGCGCGUCGAGGAAUUUGAAUCCCCCGAGCUGAUCGAAACCCUCGUGCUGGGGUUCCCGAACCCCGAGGCCAAGGUGUGGAGGGCAUCUCUCCCCGGCGGCUUUGAGAUGGCUCACCAGACGCCGUUGGUGGCCAUGGUUGAUAUGCUGAAUGGCCGCGCGAGCUUUGCGUUCAAUGACAGCGACAGUCUCCAGCAAACAAGGGUCGCGUCUUUUGUGCUGAUGCACACCAUUCCGACAGCCUUCGACGAGACGUUGUGGGGGCAGAUCGAAGAAUCUGCGUCGUCGCCAAUGACGGCAGACGUGAUACAGGCAAUACGCGGCUUCCGGCAUGAGGCGGUUGAAGUAUUGUUUCAUUUAUGCGUCCAGACGUACGAGACGAAGGUCCAGAUGGGCGUCGAGACGACAAGCAUCGUAGAACAGUCAGCAGAACUUGCCGAAGGAACGGAUCCUUUCUACCUGGACAUGAACUGCAGACCGCUUCUGAAACAAGCUUCUCGCAACUGCAACCAGAGCAUAGACCGGUGGAACGAGACUCUUCGCCUCAAGGGCCCGGCAGCAACGAACCUGGCGAGGCUCAACACGACCGUUGAGAAAGGGUUCAGCGCAAGUCUCCAGUCACUAGAAAAGAUGGCCAGCAACAUGAAGGUUGACCUUGUGGGGUAUGCAAGUGCCAGCUACGUCACCGAAGAGUACCAGGACACAGCCAUCUUCUUUCGCGGAACGGAGUUCAUCAAGACCCUCUUCCAGGAUGUGCUCUUCAGCAUGAGCACCAUGGCCAACCACACGCUCCAUCACGACGUCAUGAACAAUUUGUAUACAAACAUCGCAACCAGUCUAUCCAUGUCGAUGCGCUCGGGUGAACCGCAAAAGUACGCAGUCGACGCUUUCAACAUCUCCGGCGUUGCGUGGACGCAGGUUUCGUACGUCCACAUCAGCUGGGGGUGGAUCACAGUAUUGGCUGUCGAGAUUUCCAUCGCAGCCCUCUUUCUCACCUUGACAAUGGUCAGCCAGGGUAUCUCUGACAACGGUCGGGGGUCUCGUCAAGAAAGCUGCCUCCCCUUCCGGGAUGCCAAGAAUUCGUCUUUGGCCACUUUGGUCGCCCUCAGCGAGGCCACUCGCGCCAAGGCGGGCGGCGGCGUUCAGCCCGUGGACGAGUUGGAGAAGAUUGCAAAAAGACUGAGAGUCAGAUUCGAGGGGAACCAGAUUGUUCCAGCGGAAGAAGGAUGCAACACGCCCUCCGAAGGAACGGCGACCCGAUGA